CUAAAUUUCCUCUGCUUUCCCUGGGGCUGGCAAAUUUUGAAAAAAGAGUUUUCAUUUCUCUUUCCCCUAGCCCCAUUCAAAGCUGGCCAUGGACAUUACUCUAGGAAUAACUAGUAAGCUCCUCCGAAGAGUACAACCUCCUAUAUACUUCUUCUGACUCUCCCUCCUCCCCGGUAGGCUCAGCCUUCUCCAUCUCACCCGGGGUCCCCUCUGAGGUAUAAUCCCUCAAUCCGGCAGCUGUCACUCAAAGCAGGGUGUCAGUUGUAGUGUCCUGCACUAUUGUUGUAGAAUAUUGACUUCCUUUCUACCUCUCAGGCUAGUCUCUCGGACCAGGACACAGACAACAGGCUCAUUGGACAGCAGCUGUACAUUAAUGUCCAGGAGACUAAUCGCUGCUAUGUGAUGAAGAGGGUAAUAGAGAUCAUAGUGAACGAAGUACUUCUCUCUGUGACCAGCAACCGUUAUCCAUAUAUCCAUGAGGUGGCACAGUUCUUAGCAGCUCUGAGCACAGAGCUAAGUGGCUGCAAAUUCUCAGGACACAGAGAACAUGUCGAAAAGAACCUGGAAGAAAUGAAAGACAAAAUUAAGCAGUUGGGAGUUAGUGGAAAGAACAAAGCAAUUGGGGAGCUGGAUUUGCUCUUUGAUUACCUGGAAAAUGCAUGCACUGAAGCACCGAAGAAAAUUGUUACUAGUAAGGGAGGAAACAAGAGGAAAAACUGAAAGAACCUCCAGGAAACCACUGCUAUGAUACAAACCAUAUAUCUAUUAGGAAGAAGCACCUAUAGGAGUGGUAGUUAUUUAACAGUGCCAAACAUUUCAACUUUAACCAAGUGCUUAAGUAUUUUGUUGAUUGGGGCCUAUGUGCACAAGCACAAGUGGAUAUUUUGAAAGCUAUGCAGUGGUGCUUGCCUGCAUCUGUCCCAAUGUCUUUAACUUGAAAAAUCUUUCUAGGAAAUGUUGCCGUCUUUUUGUCAAAUUGAUCCUUCUCUAGAAAACAAAUAUUUCAGGUUCUUUUAGCAAAAAGUAUUUACAGCCUUUUAAUAUUUAAUGCUAAUUUAUUGAACAGCAAUAAUUAUACAUUUAUUUAUAUAAAUUAAUAGUGUGAAUUUAUUUAUAAAAAUGUACCAGAGGCUUUUACAUGAAAUAUGGUAUAACUUACAACUGUUAUUAUAAUAUUUAUAGAAUGAUACAUUUGAA